CUGCAUUUUUCCCACAUUUCUCUAAAAAAACAGAGCUCCCUCCCCUGUUUUUUCUUUUCACAAAUUUUCUUCUAAUUUCAUAGCUUUCCCUCAACACUCCACUCCAAAAACCUCUAGAUUUGCUUCAUCAAACAAAAACAAAAAACCAGCACCUUCAACACCCGUUUUGGAUUUUCUCGUUGCAUAAUCGAAGUAAAGAAAGCUCGCUCUCUCUGUUUUUGAGAGAGCGAGCGAGCGAUUUUCAGUGGCUGUUUAAAGUAUUUAUUUUAUCAAUGGCUGCUGCUGAAAACAGUGGUGAAUUCAACAAGGGUGUUGGUGAUGUGCAAGAUUGGGAGGUUGAGAAAGGGAACGAGCUUGAUUUUGGGUUCGAGAAGCGACAAUGGAAGCCAGUUUUUGGUGAAGCUUCCAUGUCGCAAAGGCCUAAUAAGAAGAUUACUCAACGUCAAGAACCUGUUCGAUCAAUUGCUUCAAUGGCGGACCAGUCGUCUUCGUUACCUUCUAGUUCGCCUUCAUUAACUCUUUCUUUACCUUCUUCUUCUUCUUCUUCGAAUGCUUCUUUGCCUUCUUCAAGAAUGGUUUUCCCUUUCGCUUUCGACGGGACUCAGAAUCCUGUUUACUUUCCUCAUCCGAUGUUCCAGCCGUUGCCGCAAAGUCAGCAACAAAUGAUUUCAUUUAGUCCCCAACAGCAGCAGCAGCAGCAACAUGGUUUUGUUUACCGGCCGUUUUUCGCUGGAGAAUCAUCGCCGGUACCGCCUCCACAACUUCCGCAGCCGUCACAACAGCAACUUCUUCAAUAUUGGAGUGAUACAUUGAGCCCGAGAAGGAGGAUGAUGAUGAUGAGCCGAUUGGGACAAGACGGUAGACAAUUAUAUAGGCCACCAUUGCAGCCUAUAAAUACAACCAAGCUUUACCGAGGUGUAAGGCAAAGGCAUUGGGGCAAAUGGGUAGCCGAGAUUCGUCUCCCUCGAAACCGAACUCGUCUCUGGCUCGGCACAUUCGACACAGCCGAAGAUGCCGCGUUAGCCUAUGACCGCGAGGCGUUCAAGUUGAGAGGAGAGAAUGCAAGGCUCAACUUCCCUGAACUUUUCCUCAACAAAGAUAAAGAUACAUCCCCAGGCCCAAGCUCAACAGUUCCGCCACAAGACGAGCCAAAAGAGCCUAAUUCGCAGUCAACCGCAAUGGAAGCAAUGCCACCACCAUCUCAAGGAGAUAAUAACCCCGAUAGCGAUUCGGGGUUAGGGUCUAGCGAGGCAACAGCCAGCGACGAGGUGCAGAUGGCAGCUGAAGGGUCUGGUUCGGGUUCUCAAGAACUAGUGUGGGGAGACAUGUCCGAGGCUUGGUUCAAUGUAAUACAAGAAGGUUGGGGUCCAGGGAGUCCAGUUUGGGAUGAUUUAGACACCUCAAACAACUUACUUUUACCUUCAAAUCUCCCUUUCCCUAAUCAAAAUCAUCACCAAUUCGGUGACACUUCUUCUCCAUCUUCCUCCUCUUCUUGUCCCAUGAAAUCCUUCUUUUGGAAAGAUCACGAUUCUUAAAACCAUCCACUUUGAACUGCUUCGGUCUGAAAAUCUCCCGAUGUCGAAUUUUCAUGCCAUCUUUAUUGUCAUUUCCAAUCACUGGCUGCAGAUUUUUUUGAUGAAAUCAGCCACUGAUUUUAGCAGAUUCUUCGCCAAAAACCAACCACUUGCCCCACCUUAUUUCUUUCCAAUGAUUCAAUACACACACAUAUGUGUGUGUGAUUCUCCAUUUUCUUCUCCAUUUUCAUGAAACCUGCAAAAGAAAAGUUCGACAUAUUUUCCAAACUUUCUUUUAGCAGUGAUUUGCUAUUAUGCAUUCAUGGUUUGGUUAUUACAGCAUGUUUUUAGUGUCAGUUAGUAUCAAAUAAACAACCAUAUUUAGUUCUUUUUUUGUUUUGGUCUGUUGAUGUAAUGUUGGUUAUGUAGUUUAUUGAAUCCAAUUAGGGCAUUAGGGGACAGUUUGGUGAUCUCCUUUUCUCAAUUGGUCCAAAUAUCCAUUGUGAGCUUUAUUUUAAUGCUCAAAAACAUGGAGUUUCCUUAAAAUUCAUCUUUGUCUUUUUUUAUCUUUCUUGUAAUAGUAACGACAUUUUGCACCAUUUA